CAGCUUCACCUUCACAGCUCCCUCUCCACUAAACUUCACCUACUCUGCACCCUCACCUCCACUUCGCUUCUACACAUCACAACAAUCAUGACCGACGAAACGCCCUCUCAGACUGCCAAGUCCGCCGAGGACCGCAAAGCAGCCUCCGCUCUCGAGAACCUCGACGCCGCAGACUCACCCUCGACACCACAAAACGUCGACGCCGACGCUGCCAACAAAGCCAUCAAGAGCCUCGGCGGCGCAAACAAGACCUCUACUACUGCCGCUUCCCAUAAGAACGUCAAGGUCGACGCUGCCGAUGUUGCACUCCUCGUUGAUGAGCUCGAGCUGCCAAAGGCAAAGGCGACCGAGUUGUUGAAGAGUAAUGAGGGUGAUGCUGUUAAGGCCAUGAGGGCGUUUAUCAAGGUGUGAGGGGGUACAAUUUGGCUUUGAGGUUCGAAUAAUCAGCUCAGGAAGAGAAUGGAAAAGUUGUCAUGAGGUAUGAUAUACCAAACACAAUCCAGACCUAUACAAGUGUCUGACAAUUUCGACAGUCACCUUCAAACGAGCCAGAAAUAUAAUGUCAAUCACCAUGAUGGAAUUAUCAGUAUGUCAAACACAAAAUAUGUGUACUUUAAUCAGUCGAUCCUCCAAACGCCGAGUCAAGGUCCUGU